UCCGCGCUCGGGCUGUGCAGCCUGGCGGGUCAUGGUGCUCGGCCUCGGGCCACUCUACUGCCGUCGCCUAGCCGCGCUGGGAGUUGCCUGCGCGCGCCGGGGCCUGGGCCCAGGCCUGCUGAAAAUCCUCUUGUAUCACACGGGUUUAAGGAAGAGUUUGACUGUGCAGCAGGGCGCCAUGAAAAUCGAGCUGCUGCCUGCCCUGACUGACAACUACAUGUACCUGCUCAUCGACGAGGAUACCCAGGAGGCCGCCAUUGUCGACCCCGUGCAGCCCCAGAAGGUUGUAGAAACGGUGAGAAAGCAUGGUGUGAAGUUGACCACAGUGCUCACUACCCACCACCACUGGGACCAUGCUGGUGGGAACGAGAAGCUGGUCAAGCUGGAGCCUGCGCUGAAGGUAUAUGGAGGCGAUGACCGUAUUGGAGCCCUGACUCACAAAGUCACACACCUGUCCACUCUGCAGGUGGGGUCUCUCAGUGUCAAAUGCCUGUCGACACCCUGCCACACUUCGGGACACAUCUGUUACUUUGUGAGCAAGCCUGGUGGUUCAGAGCCCCCUGCUGUGUUCACAGGUGACACCUUGUUUGUGGCUGGCUGUGGGAAGUUCUAUGAAGGAACUGCAGACGAAAUGUACAAGGCAUUGCUUGAGAUCUUGGGCCGGCUCCCUCCAGAAACAAAAGUCUAUUGUGGCCACGAAUACACCAUCAACAACCUCAAGUUUGCACGCCAUGUGGAGCCCAGCAAUACUGCCAUUCAGGAGAAACUGGCCUGGGCCAAGGACAAGUACGCUCUCGGACAGCCUACAGUGCCAUCCACCCUCGCGGAAGAGUUCACAUACAACCCCUUCAUGAGAGUGAGGGAGAAGACUGUGCAGCAGCACGCGGGUGAGACAGACCCCGUGACCACCAUGAGGGCCAUCCGCAGGGAGAAGGACCAGUUCAAGGUGCCACGGGACUGAGGUGGCCACGCCUCCCAGCAUGUUUGGGGAUUGGGAGUUUUAGGUAAUUGUCCUGUGGGGAAUCCAGUCUUAAUAUAAUUUUAAAUUAAUUUCAGCACCCUUAGCUUAUGCUAUCAAAUGUUCUACUGCAUAUUUAUAAGAAAAAAUGUUGAAGUAUUUAUUCCCAUAACCUUGGUUUUAGACUGUACAUUAUCUCCAGCCUUUACACACAUGCCUCCUCACGGCCGAGUGGUGCUUUCUCCAUAAGGGGCUGUGUCCCUUGUUUUCCUGGCACUGCAGGAAGAAGGCAGACAGCUGGCCCCUGGCCACUGGGCUCUUCCUCUGCCUCCCAGUGUGUCUUCCCAGAGGAAUAAACAUCACCUCCUGAGGAAUUAGAACAUUCGUCUUGAGCCACGUCAGGCCUCAGGUUGCAUCCUCUCCUGGGUCAGGGCGGUCAACAUCUCAGCUUGGCCAUGUCCACUGUUGAUGUGCGUGAACUAUCCUCUGUCAAGGCCCCAGGCUGGGGUGAGCAGCACCCAUGUUCCCUGCGGCCCUUGGGAGCUGUGCCAUUGCACACAGUCCCCACCCAGCAAAGCAAAGGCUGCCUCUGUAUGGCAUGGUCCACUGCCUCCUUCCAGUAAGGGGCUGGCGAGUGCUCUCCACGACUCCUGCCCAUGGUCCUGAGCAAGUGUCUUUGGGAUGAUCUUGGCUAAGUGCUGCUGUGCCUGUCAGACAUAGGACAGGAUGGUCCACACCUGUGGAUACACAAUGCUUUCUUCCACUACCUCUUCACCACCCUAGCUCAAAGGGUGUAUCUCUUCUGACAGUGAGCACCCCUGACUUCUAAGUCUACAGCACUGCAAAUUGUCAACCAAUGUUAAUUUCUAACAGUCCUUUAAGGACUGCAAUGAAUGCCUGUCUACUCUGGGCAAAAGUGGUAAGGCAGGCAAUUGAAAGUGUAAUUUCACACAUACAUGAUAAUUAGAGAUUUCUUGUGGUUCUGGGGUUUGAACUCAGGGCUUUGCACUUGCUAGGCAGGUGGUCUACCACUUGAGCCACGUUCCUGCUCACUUACAGGUUAGCAAGGAUAUAAAGGAACAGCAGCAACUGAAUAACUGCUGUUUGCAAAUUAUUUCACCAGUCUUUUCCAAUGUCCAAAGACAGUUCUCCAGGACAAAUCACAUCUUAUAACAAACACUUCUAAAUAGCACACAGGUCAGAGUGAAAAUGAAAACAACAUACCAAAACUUGUGGAAUGCAGAUUGUAAUCCUAGCUGCUCAGGAGGCAGAGAUCAGAGGAAUUGAGGUUGGAAGCCAGCCCAGGCAAAUAGUUCUUCAGACCUUAGCU